UCCUGUUCUCUCCCUCCCCCCAUUUCGUUCGCAGAGAGCUCGAGAGAGAUCACACGCCUCCGUCCACCGCCGAUGGCCGUCGAGACGGCUCCGUACCAGAACGGCCUCGCCGCCAACGGAGAUCUGGGCGGCCGCGCCGGCGCCGCGGCGGCGAGGAAGUCCCGCGAGAGCGAGCGGCGCCGCCGGAGGCGGAAGCAGAAGAAGAGCAACAGGGCCGCUCGCGGGGCCGAUGCCUCCGCCGACACCGGUGGGGAGAGCGACGGCGCGGGGGACGAGGGCGGGAAGGAGAACGCCGAUCCUCAGCAGAUUGUAGAGAAAGUUGAGGUGGAGUAUGUUCCUGAGAAGGCAGAGUUAGAUGAUGGGUUGGAUGAUGAGUUCAGAAAGGUCUUUGAGAAAUUUAGUUUCCAUGAAGCUGUUGGAUCUGAGGACGACGGUACCAAGGAUGAGGAUGCUCAAAAUGCGACUUUAAAAAAGAAGGAUGAUUCAGACUCUGAAGAGGAAGAGCAAGAUAACCAGCAGAAGGAGAAAGGCGUUUCCAAUAAGAAGAAAAAGCUUCAAAGGCGAAUGAAAAUUGCUGAACUGAAACAGAUAUGCUCAAGACCUGAUGUCGUUGAGAUAUGGGAUGCUACGGCAGCAGAUCCAAAGUUGCUGGUUUUUCUAAAAUCAUACCGUAAUACUGUUCCUGUGCCUCGUCAUUGGUGUCAGAAAAGAAAAUUUCUGCAGGGAAAGCGCGGUAUCGAGAAGCAGCCUUUUCAGCUUCCAGAUUUUAUUGCUGCAACUGGAAUUGAAAAAAUAAGACAGGCUUACAUUGAGAAAGAAGAUAGUAAGAAAUUGAAGCAAAAGCAGCGUGAGCGCAUGCAGCCGAAGAUGGGGAAAAUGGAUAUUGACUAUCAGGUUCUGCAUGAUGCAUUCUUCAAGUACCAGACAAAGCCAAAGCUAACCACCCAUGGUGACCUAUAUUUCGAAGGGAAAGAAUUUGAGGUGAAACUGAGGGAAAUGAAACCUGGGAUGUUAUCCCAUGAGUUGAAAGAGGCCCUUGGCAUGCCUGAGGGUGCUCCUCCUCCUUGGCUUAUUAAUAUGCAGAGAUAUGGCCCUCCACCUUCAUAUCCACAACUGAAAAUUCCUGGACUCAAUGCUCCCAUUCCACCUGGAGCUAGCUUUGGUUAUCACCCUGGUGGCUGGGGCAAGCCCCCUGUUGAUGAAUUUGGGCGGCCUCUGUAUGGUGAUGUCUUUGGUGUUCAACAGCAAGAGCAACCUAAUUAUGAGGAAGAACCCCUCGAUAAGACCAAGCAUUGGGGUGAUUUGGAGGAAGAGGAGGAAGAGGAAGAGGAGGAGGAAGUGGAAGAGGAGAUUGAGGAAGAGGAGUUGGAAGCAGGCAUUGAAUCUGUAGAUAGUCUUUCAAGCACUCCAACUGGUGUGGAGACACCUGAUGUCAUCGACCUUCGCAAGCAGCAGAGGAAGGAGGCUGAUAGGCCUCUUUACACUGUACUUGAGGAGAAGGAAGAGAAGAUAGCUCCAGGGACUUUGCUUGGAACAUCGCACACUUAUGUGGUGAACACAGGUGGCACCCAGGACAAGGCAGGAGCUAAAAGGGUUGAUUUACUCAGAGGACAAAAAACAGAUAAAGUUGACGUCACCCUUCAGCCAGAAGAAUUGGAAGCUAUGGAUAAUGUUUUGGCUGCAAAGUACGAAGAGGCAAGGGAGGAGGAGAAGCUGCGGAGCCAGCGGGAGGAUUUCAGCGACAUGGUUGCAGAGAACGAGAAAAAGAGGAAACGGAAGGUGCAGGAAAAAGAAGGGAAGUCGAAGAAGAAGGAUUUCAAGUUUUAGGUUCUUUCGUCUCGAUCCUGUCCCUAGAAGCAUUUUAUGUCUGGAGCUUUGGAAGGCCUUCUCGUCAAUCAACGGGUUCGACGGGUUUAGUACAUCUCCGAGUAAUUUUUUGUAGCACAGGAUCCGACCAUGCAUAAUAACUAAAUGCAGUUGGCUUAGCCCGCUAGCUGCGGGGAAUCUGUUGAACGAUGUCCAAAUGCCUGAAUUAACAAUUUUACCUACUUUAGUCGCCCCUUGUCUGAGCUUAUACUCGAGAAAACAUGGUACCUCAUUUGUGCGCUAAUGUAUAUGCUACAAACCUUUCUCA